CUGUGACGUCACUUCUAACUUCAAUGCGUUCGUAAAGAUUUAGUAGCUUUCUACUACUUUCCAGUCCUUUUUUGCGUCUCGUUGGAUAAAGACGGUUCUGUGUUAUUUGUGUCGUAGAACUUCUGUAUUUAAAGUUCCUAAACAUGAAACUUGGUAACGAAAAAGUGGUCAGAAUACAGAAGUUAUUUAAGGAUGGGAAAACUCAAGCUAAGAUUGCAAAGUCGUUGAAGAUUUCCAUCCGCACAGUGCGGAGUGUAAUCAAACGGUUUCGUGAAAAUGGUUCUUGUGGUAAUAUUGUGAAUAGCAAAAAAAGCCUAUUUGAAUGCCGAGAAUUCAAAUGUAUCAGCGUGUUUUUUAAAGACCCCGAAAAACCAUAUUCGCUUACAACUGCAUCGGAAAAAAUUAGGAGGUUUAUGUGUGCUCAAAGCAAAACUCAGGAUGGCGGAAACAGACUAGAAACAGCGAAAAUAGCUAACUCCGUACAAGAGUGUUUGUCGGAUGGAUUAGAUGCUAAGGUGGGUAACAUCACAGAGGCUGCGGCGGGGGUCGCGGGGCCGUCCAACCCCGAGUCCGGAGAAUCCGGGGAGCCUCAUGACAAAGGCUCGGCGGACUCGCUGGCGUCCCCCACCGCGGGUCGCGCUCAGCUGUCCAGCGCGCGCUGCGUCAUGUGCCAGGGCACGCUGGCGCUCGCCGACGGCACGCCCAAGCUCAUGGAGUGCCUGCACUCCGCCUGCGAGCCUUGCAUCAAGGCCAAGAUCGAGGAGAGGGCGGCCACUAGGGAGUUUCUACCAAACGAACGCAUCACAAUCACGUGUCCAGUGUGUCGGCUGCAGUGCCAGCCCGCCAACAUGAUCGACCAGCGGUUUGUCAUAGAGAAGAUCGCCGUAGAACAGACGGGCUCCAACGGAACCAUAAGUGGUGAGCAGCAGUGCAACAGUUGUGAGGACACGGAGCCCGCCACCAGCUACUGCGUGGACUGCGCCGAGUUCAUCUGUGAUAACUGUGUGCAUGCGCAUCAGAGGCUAAAGAUAACCAAGGACCACACGAUAAAGUCCAAGGAGGAGGCCGUGGCGGAGCUGCACGCCGCGCACGCCGGCGCCCGCAGCGCGCACGACAUGUUCUGCAGGGAGCACGCGCAGGAGCGGUUGUCCCUGUUCUGUGAGACGUGCGACCGGCUGACGUGCCGCGACUGCCAGCUCCAGCACCACCGCGACCACAAGUACCAGUUCAGCACGGAGAUGGCGGCGCAGGCGCGGUCUAGUAUCGCGUCCCUGCUGUCCGAAGUGAGCUACAAACGCGUGCUGCUCGGCUCGGCCAUGAAGGUGAUCCGCGACCGGCAACAGCUCAUCGCCGACAAGAAGAAGGCGCUCGUACACGACAUCACGCAGACGGUCGUCAAACUGACUAACGCGAUUAACACACGUGGCAAGCAACUGGUUCUGCGACUGAACGAGGUAUGCGACGCGAAGCAACGCACCCUCACCGAAAAGAAGGAGGCAUUAGAACAGCUGGCGGCCAUCACGGACCAUUGCGUGGAGUUUGUGAACGCGGCCUUAGAGCAGGGCAGCGAUACAGCCGUGCUCUACACCAAGCACUCUGUAUGCGCUCAUCUGCAGCGGAUCAAAAGCAGGCGAGCCGAUAUACCCAACCCGGAGAUACCUGUGCGCAUCAGUCUCGCGUUGGAUAAGCUGCCUGAGUUGAUUAAAGUGCUAUCGAACAUCGGCGCUAUCGUGGUGGAUGGCAAGGUGGACGGCGGGUGCGGCGGCGGGUCCGGCGGAUCUAGCGGAUCUGGCGGCGGCGGUGGUGGUGGUGGUGGUGGCGGUGGCGGCGGCACGCAGGGACCCUACCACCAGCCGCCCGCCACGCAUGCGCCGCCCAUCCCGCCCGCGCCGAACAACUCCGCCGUGGUGGCGCUGCAACACGUCGCCAUGCAUCAGCCGUUCGGCGCGUCGGGCGGCGCGUACCUCGGCGUGGCGGCGCUGCGUGCGCGUGCGCACACGCCGCUGCGGCACCCGCACGUCACCUCCACCACGCACCCACACCAUCUGCAGAGCAUGAGCGACCUGAACCUGCGCGGGCUGCUCAACGCGGCGUCGGGCCGCGCCGGCGCCGCGCCGCGCCAGCACGCGCCGCACCCGCACGCGCACGCCGCGCAUCCGCAGCACUCCGCGCAGGUCGCCAUGCACCACGCCUACCAUCAAAUGAUGGGCGCGUACGCGUCGAACACGUAUGCUUCCGCCGGCGCAUGUGGCGGGCGGCGCAGCGGCGGCCCGCGCACCCCCUCCCCCGCGCCCGCACCGGCCGCGCCCGCGUCCGCGCCGCCGCAGUACCCGCACCACCUGCAGCCCGCCGCCGCACCCGCCGCCGCGCCUGCGCCCGCGCCCGCCGCCAAGUGGCACAUACCGCAGCACUCGCUGGCUAAUGGCGGUUUUGAGCCGAACAUGAUGAACACAUCACAAAACUCGGGAGGGUCGGACUUCAAGAUCACGCUGGGACGACCUAUGUCUGCACAGGCGCCGGCCGCGACGCCGGGCACUCCGCGCCAGCAUUCGGGACCCUCCGUCGUCACCUCCACCAAUCCCAAGACGCCCAGCCCCAGCCUCAACGGUGGCGUCUCGUCGGAGCUGGACAAAGUGUGCGCGGAAUCGGUCCAAGAUCUCAUGGCGACCAUCGCGAAACUGGAUUCGAACGGAGUGCAGGUGGUGGCGGAGGCGCCGGCGGCCACGGGGGCGGCGCCCUCGCCAGCACCCCACGUCCACUCCUCCACCGACCCCGGGGGUAAACCCCAGCCCGACCCCAACGAGGAUUGGUGCGCCGUGUGCAUGGACGGCGGCGAGCUCAUGUGCUGCGACAAGUGCCCCAAGGUCUUCCACCAGUACUGCCACAUACCGACCAUUGAGAAACUACCUGAUGAGACUGAGACAUGGCAGUGCCUGCUGUGUGUGAACUUCGCGGAACUGCCGAUGUCGCCGGACGGGGAGGGCGGGGAGGACGGGGCCGGCGGGCUGUCGGCGCGUGCGCAGAAACUGGUGGAGCGCGUCACUCUCGAGCUGUACUGCCAGUAUGAGCUCAGCCUCCCCUUCCGCGAGCCGGUGCCCGCAGACAACCUGCAAUACCACUCCAAGAUAUCCCGCCCGAUGUGCCUGGACAUGAUCCGCAUGAAGCUGCAGCCGCGCAGCGCCGCGCGCUACACCAACGUGGCGCAGUUCGUCGCCGACUGCCGACUGCUCUUCCGCAACGCUUAUAGGUACAACCCGCCGGAUACACAAAUCUACAAAGACGCGAAGCGGUUGGAGGAAUUCUUUGACGCGCAGCUGGUCAAGUGGCUACCGGAAUACGCGUACUGGGGCGGCGAGGGCGAGCCGCCGACCAAGCGCGCGCGCGUUGAAUGACCCUCGCCCUGCAGCGUGCCGCAACAGCCGCACGCUCCGCACGUGGCGCACUCGCCGCACGUGCCGCACUCGCCGCACGCUCCGCACGUGCCGCACUCGCCGCAGACACCGCACGUGGCGCACUCGCCGCAGGCGCCGCACGUACCGCACUCGCCGCACGCACCGCACGUGGCGCACGCACCGCACGUGACGCACGCACCGCCCGCGGUGCUGGGCACGCCGCCGGGCUACCAGCCGGCGCUGCUGCUGCCCGCGCUGCUGCCGCCGCCGCAGUCCUACCCGUCGCUGCUGUCCGCGAUGCCGGCGCCCAGAUAUCUGCCGCAUUAAACCAUACAGCGAGACUAUAGUGAUGAAUCAACUCGGGAUUUACAACCAUGAGCCAGUGUUUGAACCCUUGGAAAACAUUAACUUAGCUUGGCAUUAGAUACACUUGACUAUAAAACAAUUAUAUUUUGACAUUGGGAAGCAAUACUAUAAUGUAUAUGGUGAAUAUUGAAAAGAUUUCUGAAGAGACAAGCAUACUGCCAGAUUUUUACAAGAUAGUAAUAAUGACAAUUCAUUUAUACUUUACACUUAAUAUAAGGCUUAGAUUUAAUUUUCUAAGCUUACAUAUAAGUAAAACAUUGGAAAGUAGAAAUUCUACUACAACAAUUUUAAAUAAUUAUUAUAAGAUGAUAUCAAUAAUGAUAUUACAUAAAUGAAAUUGGCAAAAAUUAUUGUAAUGUAAUGAAUUGAGGAUAAUUAAUUGACUUAUCUUUACUGAAUAAAUUUAUUGUAAAAUAUUGACCCAGGAAUGCCUACAAGUUAUGAAAUUUUAAACUGGAGAUGUGGAAUUUCAAUGAAAAAUAAUUUUAGUGAUAUUGGUCCAUCUCCUUCAAAGAAAAAAGAGGCAUUACAGUGACAUGUAACAGCCCCGUAAAUAAAAUUAUUAAGCAUUUAAAUUAUAACCAACUAGACGUUGCAAUGGAGGCUAAUAUUCAAACAUCAUAUCAAAAGUUCUUGUUUGGGAAAAGACGAUCUCUAUAUUACGAGUGAAAAAAGUGUUAAAGUUGGUGAAAAAUGACUUUUCGUGAACAGUUGCAGAGUUGGUAAUUUAAGAAUUAGGUACUUUUAUUGUAUACCUUCAAAAUGUUAGUGUUGCCACCGUCAAAAAGUGUAGCAGUAAUAGUAACUUUUGUGAUUCGUAAAUAAAUCACGUAAGUUAGUAGGUUAUAUUUUUUGAGGCUGGUUUAGUUGUUUCUACUUUUACUAGUGCAGUCGAAAUUGUUAAAAAAAUACAAUAUCUAAUUCGAUUUUAAAUAUUCAAAAGAAGAUAUUGUAAAUUUUAUUAAUAAAAACAAACCCCUAUUAAACUUUAGAAACAAAAAAGGUUGGGGCUUAAAAUAAACCAAAGUUUAUUUAGUUGAUUAUGAUGCAUUAGUUGCAUACUAUGCAGCUCAUAACUAGGGCUACACUAACAAUUAAUACGAUUAAUUGUGGUAUUACGCAUUUGACAUUUGAUUUAGAUAUAACUGUGUUUUACACCUUAAUUUUUGCGAUUAUUCUAGUUGACUAUCAGUAGUAUGCCCCCCAUUAAGAGUAACCUACGGAGGUUAUAGGCAAGGAGCUUCAUCUUAUUUGGGGGACAAAUUUAAACAUUGUCCAGCAGGAAGCAGCGAAUUACAACUCAUAAACUCUCCACAAUAGCACUGAACUGAACACUAACACUGAACAAAAGACUAUGACAUGACUUGAACAGUUGUAAAUGGAGGGAAGUGCGUAGAGUUAAAUAAAAUUAUCUCUGGUGACUAGUGUAGUUAAUGUAUGGAGGUUGACGAAAACACGGUGUAGAAAACUUCAGAUGUACAAAAGCGGCAGCCAUUUUCUUGUUUAAAUCAUUAUACUACCUUUAUUUCGGCAAUAUUUUCAAAAUUGAUACACUUGCUACUGUGGCGCCAUCAUAAAUAAACAAUAAACUUACAUACGCGUGAUGGUUCUUGUCUAGCCUACAUGCAGUAAAAAAUAAGUUUCGUUCAAAAUGUCAAUUUCGAGUGCACUAUUCUAAUUUAAAACUUUCUAUUUGUACAUUUGUUGAAGUUUCGAAUUUGUUUCCUAAUUGUACGUUAGAUUUAAUGUACCCUUAGUUCAGUUGUAAGUAAGGAGCGGUAUGUUCGACUCUUGUGUUAAAGGAGUUGGUAAUGGAUACUUUGAGUGUAACUGAUAUUACUUGCGUAUUGAUUGUUGAAGGCACAGUUUUAUUAAUAUUGAGGAUAAGGGAUGUUGUACGUACAACCAAUGUUAUAUUAAUGGCCAAGCUAAAGUUGUCACUUCCAACCAUCCAGCCAUCUUCGCCUACUGUUAUCAUUUAGUAGAAAAACUGAAGUAAGACCCUUCGAUUAAUUAUACCAAACUGUAUGAAUUAACGUCAUCUGUUUUUCAAUGUAUGUUGUACUGAAGUUACAUUAUCUAAAUACAACUAUGUACCUACAUAUGUGAGCACAUAGAUUGUGAACACAUGGUUAGACCUAAUUUUAUGAUAUAGAUAACUCUUGCACAACAAAAGAAAGGUACAGACCACUGUGUGCCAAUUCCCAUUGAUAAAAUAUUGUCUUUCUACUUGAUAGUGUGGCAAACAAUGUGUUUAAAAAUCUACUAUACUCAUCAAAUUAUAUUGAUACGAUUUUCUUGUGCCUUUAAUAAUGAAUGCUGAAUAAAAUAAUAAAAAUGUCUGCCAAUUAUAGUGGUUACGUUACGUUUUCAUGAAACUUGUAUGUGGUUGUUAUGUUCGCUCGCGUUUGGGAAAGUGAAUAGGUUAGGUAGUGAUUAAUAAGUUUUCGACAUCUCAAAAUUCAUAUGUACGUCGUACCAAGAAAGACCGUUUAGGAGUAAAGUAAUGAAACGUUUUCAUCCAAGUUUCAUGUUUGUGAGAAAAUAUCUAGACAAAGAGUUCCUGAAUAUACAAUAUAAAUCAACAAGCACUUAUACCCUUCCAAUUUUAUAGUUUUUUUUUUUCGAUUAUUCAGUAUACAAACACGUCAGCAGGAUUUUUAUAAGUUCGAUUUAAGUUGAUAAAAUUAAAGUCGGUCAUAUUGCGAUUAAUUUCUGUGAUAUAAAUCGUUAACAGCGGUACCCGCGCGGUACCACAUCCUACUUAUCAUUCGUCGACGCGCUGCGUUCAUUAUUUAUUGAUUUGUAUAUCACAAAAAUAUUUUUUAGUUUUUAGACGUAAGUAACUCUUAAUUAUUGUCCUUGCACAAACGUAGACUUAAUCUGAAUAGGUAUUUUUAUAAUGUGAUUUAUUGAAUGUAGAUAUGAGAACGUAGUAGCGUUGUGCCGAGUUGAUACUAGAAAUAUUUGGAACAUUUUGUUUUGAAGGUAUAACGUCAGUAUAACUUGUAUAGUGUGUAGAGGGACACAUUAAUUUAAUUUCUUCAGUUGGGAUGUAGAUGGGACAGCUAUUAGAUAUGAUUUAGUGUUUUCUUUUCUUACUAUUAUCCUGAUAUAGGUUCCGUCAUUGAUAUUUUGAUAUCCAUUUCCAUAAUAGUUGGAUAAUAUUGAUAAAUAUCGUUCCUAGUUAGAAAACAAAGUUUUUUUUUACUCGGCACAUCGCUAAGGAAGUGAUUCACAAUGGAUGUUCGGAAAUAAUUGUUAUAUUAUGUGUCAGUUGGCUUUCAUAAUUGCGUGAUGGUAUAUCUUUUUAAACACUUACAUAUUUUUAAAAUUAAGAAAGAGAUCGUUAUUUUGUUUGUUAGUUUAGUCAUUAAAGUGUUUUAUUUUACUUGUUUUAUAUAAAAGGGCAAUUAAAAUGGUAAAAUCCGAGACGUAUGCACACAAUUCUUUGCCUUUUCGAUAGUAAAAAAACAUUCUGUCUAUGUGUAGGUAAUUUAUGUCUCUAAAACGCAAGUAUGAAAGCUGUCUUAAGUAGCUGAACAGUGUCUAUGUAUAAUGUAUAUCUAGUUUUUAUUCAAGAUAUCAUUAUUAGCUCUCUGAAAUUAUUGUAGCCCGACACAUGAGAGAUAAUGAUAUACCAACAAGAAACAUAUUGUCCUUCAUUUUAGGAUUAUUGGUAGAUUGUUUAAUGAAAUUAUAUUGAGUAUCUCGUAGUCGGGUAAUAACUUUUAAGUUUGUUAUACAAGCAACAUGGUGAGAAUUCAGUAAACCAAUCAUUUGUUAUACAUUAUAUCGUCUUAGUAUAAUAGUAAUCCUACUAUUGUAUUGUUGAUGUCUAUCUUAAAUAGUUAUAGCGAUGUCAUACGACUCAUAAUCUCCUGAUAAGUAUUACGAUAUUGGUUAGGAAAUAAAGACAUUUAUUGGA